AGCUCUAAGAAGUUAACGCAAGGCAGGCCUAGCAUCACAUUAAACAACAAAUGGCUGCCGCAAGCUGGCGAAGGAAAUUUUGACGUCGGUAAUAUUCGCGAGCUUGUACUGCCCCCGUGUCUGCUCUUGAGCGUCCGCCGACGAUGAAACAAGACAUGAGCGCUACGGAACUAAAGGACCUUGGGAAUAAAUUCUUCAGCGCCCGCAAGUACGAAGACGCCAUAUCAUGCUACAGCAAAGCAAUCAUCAAGAGCCCGUCGACAAGCACAUACUUCACGAACCGGGCUCUGUGCUACCUGAAGCUGCACCAGUGGGAGCUGGCGUGCCAGGACUGCCGCCGCUCCCUGGACCUGGACGCCAGCUCGGUCAAGGCGCACUUCUUCCUGGGCCAGGCGCUGCUCGAGCUGGACAGCUGCGAUGAGGCCGUCAAGUACCUCCAGAGGGCGAGCGACCUGGCCAAGGACCAGAAGCUGAACUUUGGGGACGACAUAGCGAGCCAGCUGCGCACGGCCCGCAAGCGCCGCUGGCAGCAGCUGGAGGAGAAGCGGCUGCAGCAGGAGAUCGAGCUGCAGACCUACCUCAACCAGCUCAUCAUCAGGGACAAGGAAAGGAAAGUGCAAGAGAUGAAGAUGAAGGGGGCACGCCAGAUGGACGUGGACAAAGUGGAGAACACUCACGAGAAGUACAUGUCGGAGCUGAACAACAUCUUCGCCAAGAACGACGACAAGCGACGGAAACGUGACGUCCCUGACUACCUCUGCGGGAAGAUCAGCUUCGAGAUCAUGAGGGAGCCGGUCAUCACCCCGAGUGGAAUCACUUACGACCGACGGGACAUUGAGGAGCACCUACAGAGGGUGGGGCACUUCGACCCGGUGACCAGGACGCCGCUGACCCAAGACCAGCUGGUCCCCAACCUGGCCAUGAAAGAGGUCGUGGACGCCUUUCUGGUCGAGAACGAGUGGGCUCUAGACUACUGACCCCCCCGUUGUCGCCGGAGCAGACGCCCCCAACAGCGUACGACACCUCCGGAGAAACCGCAAAUCAGCGACGGAACCCCCGUGGGUCCGUGUCUCGGCUACGUUUUCCUGCUGAUUCAUCGCUUCCGGCUCGCGUGACGCCCUCACGAGUCGUUGUCCUAGACUCGCACGGGGCGGCACGCACAUCUCCUGCGUCUCUUCUCGAGUUCUCCGAGCCGCGACGUACUUGCAGACGCGCCGGAACGCGUCUGCGGACGCGACGCACCGACCUCGGUGAGUCGCGGCGUCGGCGGCGACGACGCACCGUCUUCGUUCUGACGGGCGCAAAAUAUACCUUUAGUGGUGCAGUUUUACUGGCUUGCACAGACUCAGUCCUACAAAGCGGUACGGAAAUCACGUUUGUGGCCCCUUGUCUAGAACUCGACACUCGCAUUGCUUGUUGCCUUUUUUUUUUUUUUUUUUUUUAAUUUUAUUGGUUGCCUGUGAACUAAAGCAAUGUCUCGCAGCACUUUUUUUUUUUUCUUCUUUUUUCCCCCAAUAUGAAGUUUGUGUUGUCUAGGUUUUCGCUGCCAUGUAGUGGCUUUUUGAACAAUUUUUUUUCCCUAGAGGAGGUUAUUGUACCGUGAAGCUUUUACAGCCACUGAAAGGAUGACAAGGGUUGGGAGGAGCUUUGGUUGUUCUGCGUCCAGCGCAAGCUUCCUACCUUCGGCAUCGCUUCGGCGUCGCAUCAGCUUCGAGCGUGCAUGCGCCGCCAAAGUACAGCGUGUCCCCCAAAAGUAUUCACCGUGUUUCUUUUUCUCCACUAGCGGUCCAAACCAGACACCAAAGUGUCGGAGCUAGCUGCUAGCCCAAUUCUAAAGAUGCAAGUGAUUUUCUGAAAAUUGCAAGGGGGAAGCAAGACCAGUCUUCGCCCGUCUUCGGUAACCAUCGCCAUUCAGCUUGACGUGUCCGAGACUGCCGCCGCCAUCGGCCGCCACUCUCCCGUCGGACAUUCCGGAAAAUCGCUCGUAACUCCUUCAAUUAGGUGACGGUCGGUUCCGAAACUUUGGCAUCCGGUUCGGACAACCAGGGCUGCGUUUGCGCGGAGAACGGGCAUUCGGCAAUGUGUAGUUAAUUUUUUUGCAGUGAAAAGAGCCCCGUAAUUUUUUUUUGGACAUUUCGAAAAGAUGCUUUGUCGUUUUCGUCGGUCUGUAACUGUAGUUCUAGAGCCUAAUAUUUGGGAACCAAGAACGCAGCCCAUUUAUUUGCGCGGCUUCAUUUCUCUCGGCGUGGAAGGCCGUCGCCCGUCUUACAGCAGAGCCGAUGCCCGAUGGACCGUCGCGUUUUUGGGUGGCCCGGCCCGCUGGCCCAAGCGAAAGAAGCGUCCUUUCGACUUCCUAGCGUUGCGUUUGGAGAUUCCAUCGUACAUUCUUUUCCCACUUGUGUGGGGUGACGCGGGAAGGACCGGCAUGUUCGGCAUGCUUUGCAAAAAACGAAUUCCAAACGUUGGUACCUGAAAUCAGGCACGCGAACAUUGUUUCGCAAGAUGUUUUAUGUCUACUUUUUUUUUUUUGGAGCUCGGUGGUACAUGGCGAAACAUUAAAAAAGAAAAAUUGGCUGCCACAUAUUUUCCAUGACCCAUGCCAGUCAGUUUGUCGUUUGCACGCCGAUUUAUGAGCUUGCCCCCCCCCGGGCGGCUAGCCGAACGCAGAAACGCAGAGGCUGGCGACGAGCGAGGUGAUUGCGAUGAUUCAUAAUUUUGACUAGAUAUACGGGCAGUGGCCACCUGGUAGCAACCUUGCAAACCAGAAGCUCUUCACAUGCACCAGAUUAUAGCUCCCAUUGUUGACUUUCUCUUGUCUUUCCAAAAUGCUGAGCCACCGAAGCGGGCCUUGACGAGCCUCCACAAAGGCCUAUGCUGGGGACAGGGACUCAGUUGCUGCGUUUGAUUAACGUCACCUUCUGCACCGGUGCAGAAAAGUGGAGGGCAGUGUAUUUCCGUUCGUGUCUCAAUACAGAUAGCGGAAGUACACUGCCCUACACUUUUCUGGACCGGUGCAGGGGGUGCGGGUCAAUCGAACGAAGCUAUACCCAUUAUCACCUCAAGAACCGUAGUAAAAAAAGUCAGACUCCUCGCAGUGCGUUACUGAUUUCCCCCUUUAUGUAGAGAAUUAAGAUAUAUGUAAAUGAAUUGUAGAUUGGAUACAUGUUCUCUUAUUAAGAUGUACACUUUCCAAAUGCCAAAACCAUCGCUUUUUCCUCCGAUAACCAAAUCUCGUUAGAACUACUUUGUGCCGUGUAUGAACAAUGCGCAAAACUUGCUUCUUUUUUUUGAGGUGAAAAUGGGUGUAGUAUAAUUAUAAAUUGUCAAUAACCUGUCUUGCUGUGGUAAUGAUGAAGUGAAGUAAACAGAAUAAGAGGAAACAAAAACUGAAGGUCUAUGCACGUCCGCCGUCUUUGCUAUAUUUGCGAUAUUUUGCACACCUCUAACUUGAGCUCUAAAAAAAAAAAAAAAAAAACGGAUUCAAAAUUUUGUUGCAAAGCGGCAUUCGCAUGCCCAAUUUCAGCUACGUAUGUUUAGACUUCAACUUUUGCAAGCGUGACAAUUGUCUUUACAGCCUCACUCCGUACACAAGUUGAGUUGUACACAUGUUCUGGUGCUUUUACUAGUGCUGCCGCUGCUGUUUUGUAGGAUACUCUAUGUUUAUAGUGUUUGAAUGUCCCCAGUUUGUUUGCUCCUCUUGGUUUGAGGACCAAAACAGUCCUUGCGAUGUAUUAUAUUUCCGCCAUGCUUCCUUCGACAAAUGUCGUCCUCGACCAGCCAAGACAAGGAUGCGCAUCUUGCAGAUGAUAUACACUGGUGUUGUUGUUUACAUUCUCUGGGGAAAGUAAUGGCUGUUGCAUCUAAGGCAAGGGUCUGCGAACGUCUGUGUGGGUGGUGCAAGAGGGUGCUUGAUGCUUGAUGGCAAAUGAAGCCCCCGGUAUUACUCAUUUCGUGGUUGUCGUCUUUGAAGCAGGUUAGUCAUUGUGUGUGCUGUUGCACCCUGCUCUGCAAGGUACCGGAUGUGUGAAGCUCCAAUGUUAAACUACCCUUGAAGAUGGUCUCCCUCAUUGUUGCCUUCUUACCUGGCUGCACCAUUUUCGUCUGCUGUUUUUGCAGCGAGUGUUCCUUGUUCGACAAGAGUGUACCCAGGGCUGUUACGAGUAACCUGUACAUAAUAAAAGAAAACCUUUGAGUUACUAUUA